AUGGACUCAUCUCUUCAACAAUUAUUUCAAUUAGAAUCAAACCUUUCACAAGCUCAAGAAUUCCUAGGCUCAUCAACAACUAAUCAAACUUCAUUAUUAUCAUCUCAUUUAGAAAAAUUAACUACAAAUUCCACUUCAACUCAAGGUUUAAAUGAUUUGAAUUACCAAGAUGUUAAGGAAUUAUUAACCCAAAAGGGUUCAUUUGAUUUAUCAUUAUGUUGUUCAGCUUGUAAUCAAUCAAUCUAUGAAAAUGAUUCAAUGGCACAAAAUCAACAACCUAAACAAAUUUUACAAAAAUGUUGUUUAGAUUACUUAAACUCCACUAAAACUCCAGAUGAUUUAGAAAUUACAUUUUGGUGGUUUUUAAUUAAUAAUUUUUCAAAUUGUAUUUCAACAUUACCAAAUUAUACAAGAUUUAUGAUUACAAAUGGUAUCCCUGCAAGUUUAAGAGAUCGUAUUUGGGGUGUUUUAACUUUUUCAAAUGAUUCCCAGGGCACAGUUGAUGAAUAUUUAUUAAAUUUAUAUGAAUCUUUAAAUAAAGAUAUUUCACCAGAUAUUAGAAUUAUUACCAAGGAUGUUGAAAGAACUUAUCCAUUCUUAUCAAUUUUCCAAAAAUCUGAAACAAAAUUAAAAAUUUCCAAGAUCUUGAAUGCUUUUAGUAUAUAUGAUUCUGAUAUGGGUUAUUGUCAAGGUUUACAAUUUAUUGUAUCACCAAUUUUUUUCCAUUUUGAAAAUGAUUUUAAAACUUUUAAUUCUUUAAUUAAAUUUUUUGAAAUUAAUAAAUUAAGAUAUCUUUAUGAUUCCAAGAUGUCAGGUUUACAAAAAUGGUUUAAUCAAUUUGAAAAAAUUUUAUCACUUGAAUUACCUUCAUUAUAUAAACAUUUCAUUGAAUUGGGUAUUGAUUUAAAAAUUUUCCUUUCACAAUGGUUUUUAUCAUUUUAUUCAAUAACUAUACCUUUCCAAUUUUUAAUUAGGGUUUUCGAUAUAAUGAUGUUUGAAGGUGUAAAACCAACAUUAUUAAGAAUUGGUAUAUGUAUUUUAUCAAAAAAUUUAAAUUUAUUAAUGCAAAUUAAUGAUUCUGAAUUAAUUUAUCAACAUUUAUUAUCAGAAAUGUGUUGGGGAGUAUUUGGUAAUAAUUUAGAAGGAUUUAUAAUGGAAUUAAUGAAUCUUGAUUUAAAAAAUUUUAUUGAAGAAGAAGAGGAAGAUCAAGAACAAGAAGAAGAAGAAGUAGAUAGUACAACAAUUUUAUCAAAAGUUUUAAAUAAUUUAUCAUUUAAAUCAGAUUCAAAUUCUUCUUCAUCAUCAUUGAAUGAAUCAAUUUUUUCAAAUGAUUCAAAAAUAACAAAUAAUACAAGUACAACCAAUACAACAAGUACAACAACAACAGAUUUAGAAUUAAUUGAAAAAUUAUAUAAAUUAUGUUUAUCAAAUGAUAUAAAUGAUCCAAUAUUAAAUAAAGUUAAAGAUCGUUUAUAUGGAUGA